CGGGCGGCGGUUGCGAUGCAGCGGAGGCCGGGCCCGGGGCGGCAGCUGCUGCUGCUGCUGCUGCUGGGGGCGGGUGCGGCGGCGGCGCGGGGAGCGGGGGAGCCCGACGACCCUCACUACCCGCAAGGCGAGCACCGCGCCGACUACGACCGCGAGGCGCUGCUGGGCGGCCAGGCAGAAGCAGAUGAAUAUGAAAAACUCAGUCCAGAAGAGCAGCAGAAAAGACUGAAGGCAAUCAUUAAGAAAAUUGAUGUGGACUCUGAUGGUUUCCUUACUGAAAAUGAACUCAGUACGUGGAUCCAGAUGUCCUUUAAGCACUAUGCCAUGCAGGAGGCGAAGCAGCAGUUUGUCGAAUAUGACAAGAACAGCGACGGCGUGGUGACGUGGGGCGAGUACAACAUUCAGAUGUAUGACCGCGUGAUCGACUUUGACGAGAACACCGUGCUGGACGAUGCGGAGGAGGAGUCAUUUAGGCAGCUUCAUUUAAAGGACAAGAAACGGUUUGAAAAAGCGAAUCAGGAUGAAGUUCCUGGUCUGAGCCUUGUCGAAUUUAUUGUUUUUGAGCAUCCUGAAGAGGUUGAUUACAUGACGGAAUUUGUCAUUCAAGAGGCUUUAGAAGAACAUGACAAAAAUGGUGAUGGGUUUGUGAGUUUGGAAGAAUUCCUUGGUGACUACAGACGAGAUCCAACUGCAAAUGAAGAUCCGGAAUGGAUACUUGUUGAGAAAGACAGAUUUGUGAAUGAUUAUGACAAAGAUGGGGAUGGGAGGCUUGAUCCUCAAGAACUUUUAUCUUGGGUAGUGCCCAAUAACCAGGGGAUUGCACAAGAAGAGGCUCUUCAUCUGAUUGAAGAAAUGGAUUUGAAUAGUGACUCGAAGCUUUCCGAAGCAGAAAUCAUUGAAAAUCAGGACUUGUUUCUUACUAGCGAAGCCACUGACUAUGGCCGGCAGCUCCAUGAUGAACAUUUCUACCACGAUGAGCUGUAGGGGCUCGUCGGCUUUGCUCUGCCUCUGGCUCUGUCUGCAGUACUGACAGCUUUGUCAUCUGUUAGCAGCUUGACUUGGGGGAUGUGAUGUGGAUCUUACGAUUUCUGUUCUAAGUUUUGCUACACUCAAACACUAUAGAUUAUGAUCUUGGCCUUUUAGCAGAAAAACAAAGUGAAAGCAACCAGACGUGAGUUUUUAAAAUGUAAUUUAAGAAAUAAAAAAUUAACGUUUUGCCAAAUGAAAAAGUUGAACUGUCUCUAAAUAUUCCCUAACAUAGUACUUAAGUAGAUGGAGCAUUUGAGUUACAUUACCAUACUUGAAUAAAAUGGAGGAUUUAAACGAUGCCUGAACGUUAUUAUGUAAGUAAUAAGUGACUGAGGUACCAGUAUUUUUUGUUUAGUUUUACGUAGAUUUUAAUAAUUUUGAAAUGGAAAGAAAAUGGACAAUGUUUAGGUUUAGUGUUUGUGUUAAAACCUUCAAAGGAACUUCCUAAAAGACUUACGCCUCACAUAUUAAUGUGGAGAGGUUCUGCUUAAUUUUUAAACUGGUUUCUAUAGAGGGUUUAUUGUAUGAAAUAGAACUUUAUAUUUUUGCAUAUGUAUAGAUAGUAAUUAUAUUUAAUGUACAACUCUUUAGCAUUAUGGUGUGUGGAAUUUAACAUUGUCCAGAACCUUUUGCAUUUUUGACUGAUUAAAAAGGAAAUGCCUCAUCUUUCUA